CUGUAUCUCUCCUAUUAUUUUUGCUGUUACCACUCUCCUCUCCCACUUCCACAUCCUUCAUAAUAGUCUUAUGAAUGCCUAUAAAGAUUUCAAUAGUCAAUCGGAUAAAGUAGAAUUCAUAGACAGUUCCUUGGAAUCGUCUUCCAAUAAUGAAACACCUCAAAAAAUCAUGAUCGAAACUGAACAACCAGAGACAUAUAUGAACACAGAUCUAUUAGCUUUUACAGUGCAUAAAUUAGCCAAGUCCAUGGACGUUUCAAAUAUUGAUAAAAAUGCGGUACUCUAUCUCGCUCUUGCAACACAGAAAAGAUUACAGGAAUUUGUAUCACGUAUGGUCGAAGCUUCGCGCCAUCGUGUUUUUUCGCAAACAGUGGAUACCCCACCAUUGAAUUCUAUGGAUCAACCUGUGUAUAAAGUUGUAGAUGUACAAGAUAUUCGAAAACAACUCUUAGCGAUCGAACGGGUAGAACGUGAAGAAGAACGAAAACGAAGAGAUGCAAUCGCUGAGCGUGAACGUAAUGCCAACAUAUCAGAUGGUGGUGGAGAAGGAGGUGAUGGUGAUGAUGAUAACGUCGGUGGUUCGACAAAAAAGAAGAAAAAGAAGAAGAAGGAUAUGGGUCCCGGAGUAACAGCACGCAACAUGAGUGAAGAUAUUAGCAAGAAAUCAACUAAUGAAACAGCACUUAUGAGUGCAGGUGGCAUACGUAAGAGUUGGAUGUUAACGGGUAUGAAUAACGCUCCUGCUCCCAACAAAGAUAUAUCAUCCUUUCCUUUAGCAAGUUCAUUAUCAACAUCACCAGCAUCCACACCAUUAUCAUCAUCAACGGUGGCACCUUUAACAACAACAUCAUCAUCUCCAAAACCAUUAUCAACAAUAUCCUCUGUAAAUCGCUCCAUUGAGAACACUACUAUUAUAUCAUCUUCCGUGAAAAGUGAACAUUUAUCAAUUGAUGACAUGGCUACACGCGGUGGACGAGGAAGACCUCGCGGACGGAAAUCAGAUGGAACUAAACGAAGUCGAAAUCAAGGCUCUUUGAAAAGAGAUCGAUCUCAGGAUUUAUUCCUACCGCCUUCUAUGAUUGGAAAACAUCAAAAUAGACUCGGUGAACAACCCACUCGAAAGGUCACUGUGAUUGAUGCAAUGUAUGUUCUUGAAUGGGAAUUAGAUAGCGGUUGCGAAAGUGGUAAUCGGGCAUUAAUCAAAUCUUAUAAUCGAUAUUUGAAGUAAUAAAAGUAUAUUUGUGUUUUUUUUUUUU